CACAUACGCACACGUACAUACACACGCACGCACACGCACACACUCAUUAGCGGAGGAGUUUCCAGUUUAUCCCGGGACGCACAAACACACACCCACACACAGGGAAACCGAUGGGAUGCUACUAAAAGCGGCUGUGGAUCAUUUUAAUAGACUUUUAUUGUGUGUUUUUGUUGUUUCUUUACCUCCGUGACAACUUUGUGUGGACUUUUUAAUUCACCAAAGACGGAGCAAAUGGGUGACUCAAGUAGGUAACUGCGUUCCAAAAAAACAUCCACGCAGUUUUUGGGACUCCAAAUACGCAUUUGAUGGGGAAAAUGAAUUAUUCCGUGUUAGAUAAGUCACUCCAUUGAUUGAAGGACUGUAAGUGCUAACCUUGAAGAUGAAGAUGUAUCACAGUGAUGUGUGUAUCCUGGCUGCUGCACUCUUGGCCCUCCUGGCCCCCGGGGCCCAGGCUUGUCCCAGGAGCUGUAACUGCUACCAGGCUAGCGAAGUCCACUGUACUUUCCGCUCUCUGCUCACCGUCCCUCCUGGACUGCCUGUACACACACGGCGCAUCAACUUGGGAUUCAACAGCAUCAGCAGGAUCCAGGACAGCACACUUGCCGGGCUGAAGAGGUUGGAGCUUUUGAUGCUGCACAGCAAUGUCAUCCACAACCUGCCAGAUGCACUGUUCCAAGACCUGAAAUCACUGCAGAUACUAAAAUUGAGCUACAACAAGCUGACAGAGAUCCCUUCAUCCCAGACCUUCUCUGGCCUGACCUCGCUACUGCGUCUGUACUUGGAUCACAACCACCUCCAGUACAUCCACCCUCGGGCGUUGCUCCAGCUGCCAAGCCUCCGUUUGCUCCGUCUGCAAGGGAACAGGCUGCAUCAGCUUCAUCCCCAAGCUCUGUGCACAGUUUCCCUACUCAACACAUACUACUUUUCCACACUCAGGCACUUAGAUUUGUCCAACAACAGUCUAAGCACCCUCCCCAGGACCACCUUUCAGACUGCUCCCAUGCUGGAAACAGUAGCGCUGCAGGCCAAUCCCUGGAGCUGCGACUGCAGGAUGAGUUGGUUCCCCACCUGGCAUUUUGCUCACCAAGAAUUAUUGAAAUGUUCCGGAGGUCCUCAAUGUCCAAUAUGUGAAUCACCAAGUGCCCUUCAAGGUCAAAGCUUGCUUGAACAGAAAGAUCUGACCUGCACUUCCCCUGUGAUUACCCUGCGAGGAGAAGAAACACAUUCUGAAGUAGAAGUCAGUGAAAUCCAAUCGGCUGAAUUGUUCAGAAACCCUUUAGGCAAUGCUUCCCUUGGCCUGUCGGACCAACAGGGGAACAGUGUCGAACUGCGCUGCAACAUCACUCGCUCGGCGGACUCCCAGAAUGAAUUUCCUGCCCCGGACCUCUCCUUUCCCUCCUCUUCUCCUGUCGCCUUGGCAUUGUCUCUCACUCUGGAAUGCCCCAUGGAAAGAGAGAGCUAUGACAGUCUUUGGAGGAUCCUGGCUUACUAUAGUGAGACUGCAGUGCACCUUGAGAGGGAAAUCAUGUUGAAUAAACCUCCAGAGCUGGCAUACCGCUACAGGCAGACAACAGAGACAGAGGGUUAUUAUAAUACUGGAGUCAAAGCCACUGUCCAAACAGGACCACACUGGUUAAUGCAGCAGGCAAUCGGAAUUCAGCUUAACAGAGCACAGUCUAGCCGGCACACAGUCAGCCUUAUAUACUCCACAAGGGUUUCCACUCGUCCUGACCCCACGGCAGAUACAGCAUCAUCUGACACUGCUUCUCACCCAUGGGUACUCAUCUCAACUAACCAUACCACCACAGCACUAGCAGCUAUUGCAGGUUCUAGGCUGGAGCUCUCCUGCCCUCUUCUAAGUUCUGGUAAUCCCCAAGUACAUUGGAUUCUCCCAGAUGGAUCAAAACUUAUUUCCCCUUCCAGUAGUCAAGAUGAUCGGAUUCAAGCAUCUGGCACUGGGCUCCUGUUGCAGAAGGUGGAACUCUCGAAUGCAGGGAUUUACUAUUGUUUAGCCAAGGCUGGAACUGAUUCAGAUGUUCUCCCUCUGCGCCUAAUAGUUGAGGAGUCCUCUGCCCCGCCAACAGGCGAGCAAGUUGGACCUCCUGUCACAGGAGCAGCUGGGCAGCCUGUCAGUCUAUCUUGCAAGGUAUCUGGUUCACCAGAACCACACACAAGUUGGGUGUUACCAGGUGGGAAUAUAGUUUGGAAGGGAUUAGCAGUAUCAGAUGGACUUAUGAUGCAAUCAAAUGGGAGUCUAUUUCUUUCUAACCCCUCUCUGAGAGAUGCCGGUCAAUACCGUUGUGUUGCUGUUAACCAGUAUGGUAGUGCCUCCUUGUCCAUGGACCUAAAAAUAAACCUACGGAAGCCUCUGUCACUUGGCGAUGUUCCAGUGGGGCCACAGUCAGCCUCCGGACGAUCAACAAAGAUACGAGCACCGUUAUUACAUCCAAUAGAGGAAGGAUCAGGGGAUGAAGUAGAAGACGAAAAAGAGAAAACUACUGUAGUCAAUAGGAGUCAUCCAAGACCUAUUCAACAUACUUCAAAGAGACGACUUCAAGCUGGUAAAUCCCUAAGACGAGGGUCUUUGAGAGAAGGUUCCUUGAGGAGAGGAGGGAGGCCCCUAUCACCUGAGCAGAGAAGAAAUCGCUAUGAGAAUAGGCCUAGAAUCACCACAAACAAACAAAAAAUAGACCCUCAAAAAUGGGCUGACCUACUGGCAAAGAUACGUCAGAAGACUACACUCACGAACAACAGUGAGGAUAUCACAACAGAAAAUCCCACAGCAAAAUCAUUGAGAGGAGAAGAAAACACAGAAAGAAUUGAGGAUGGCGAUGACACAGGGAGGGAAGGAGCAGACGGACCAGAAAUGGAAGGGUCGUCAGUUGAUGAUGCUAUUCUGCGAGAGGAAAGUCUACAGCCUAUUUAUCCCACUCAGGCAAUAGAAGACGCAACACAAGUGGAAACUAGGACACAAACAGUCUAUGAGAGACAUACAAACAAUGGGCCCUUGAAAACACAGACAUAUGAGAAUGAGGCUGCAACACAGCUCCACGAAACAACACAGACAAAUCCAGUCACCUUAACACCAAACUUUGGAACUAAUGAAAUUGACCCAGAUCCAGCUGGAGGAGAGCAACAGGAAGCAAACCCCACCUCCUCGAUAGUCAGACUUUCAAAACCACAGAGGGGAUUCAUGCCUAAUUUAGUUCCAAAAACACGGCCUCAAAGCCCAUGGAACUCUCGCAGGAGGAUCGGACAGCGGAGGCGAGUCAUCGGCAGGCCAAGGGGGCGACCUAUGACACCCUUUCAACCUCUGCCUGAUUCUCCAAAACAUAGCACCACUGUCACUCUAGUGACAAAAUUCACCACAUCGCUACCUACUAUGGAGAAAGAGAUUACCGGUACUCAAAUUAAAACUACUUCUUCUCCAAAACUUAAGAUUGUAAAUUCUGCAACUCCUUCUAUUUCAACCACUCUUGGUAUCACCCUUUCAACAGCCAACUUGCCCUCACCGACUCUCUCCGCCCCGACUUCAUUGCCUCACAUUGACACAGAGACACAUACAGACAUGAUGACUCAUUCAGGCAACACAACUAACAGUGCAAAGUCACAAUCACCGGUAACCGAUGACUCUCACGAUGAGCACACAAAAACACGAAACACCUCAAGCAUACAUGAUGAUGAAUCCCCGGGAAAAAGUGGUGAAGGGCUGGAAACAAAGGUUGAUGUUGGACGGAAUGUGUCUCAAUUCUCUACUACUCUCCUGACCACGCUAUCCUCCACUGUUUCCUUGACAACUCCUUCAAUCAGUUCCACAAAUAAUUAUGUUACCAGUGGUACUGGUGUUGCAGCUCUAGAUGACAAACUUUCAACAUUGAGGACAUUUACCCCGAUGACUGAAUAUUUUAGUCCAUCGACAAUGUCUCCCAUGACUACCCCUGUAUAUACCACUACCAAACAUGCCACGUCUUCAACUCUUACAUCUACUGCUCCCAUUUAUUCUUCCACUACCCUCCCCCCGACCACUCCUUUCAGUGGUACAGAUACAGCAGAUCCAUUCCAAGAUAAUCCCCAAAUGAAUUUAGUUAGCACUCCCACUUCAAAAACUAGCACUUCUAUUUCUGGUGCUUCCUCUACCAAAAUUACAUUAACUACAACCAGGGCAACUACACGCAGUGCAUCCUCUGCUUCCACCACAACAAUAACUUCAAGCACUGCUACGUCAUCUAGAGAGAGGCCAAGCAUCGGCCAGGUCAACCCCCAAGGGAGGCCUGUGUCUGGCACUUCGAACCAGAGUCGACCCCCAACUGACUGGAGAAACCCUGGAGCUAAUUUCAUUCCAGAUUCACACAGCAGCAGGCCACAGUGGUCUCCAUCUCCUCUUCCUGCCUCCCCACGGGCACCAGUUUUAAGAUCCAGGCCAAAGAUUGCUGACCCACACAUCAGAACCGUGUCAUUCCCAGCAGAAAGCAUUGCAAGACUAGCUUGUGAGGCUCAAGGACAACCGAAACCCUCCAUCACAUGGACCAAGGUCGCCACAGGAGCAGUCAUGUCAGUCCAUUCCAGGUCUCAGCGGUUUGAAGUACUACCAAAUGGCACUCUUGUCAUCCAAAAUGUUCAGCUACAAGACAGGGGCACGUACAUCUGCAGCGCACACAGCUUCCUAGGGCGCGACAGGCUGCUAACCACCCUGGAAGUAUGGUCACGUCCCCCUCGAAUGCUGAUGGUGGGCUAUCAAGAAUCCACUGUCCAUCAAGGUGGAGAGGUCGACCUGGAAUGCCAAGCUAGUGGUGUCCCGACUCCUCUGCUCUCUUGGGUUCUUCCGGAUCGCUCCGUCCUGACCUUCACUGCCAACUUGAGCAAUCGAAUCAGUAUGGACCCAAAUGGAACCCUUCAUAUUUCAUUAACUUUACCAAGUGAUCGCGGGGUAUAUCGUUGUGUGGCCUCCAACUCAGCCGGUGCCGCCAGUGCUUCUAUUCGGUUGCACGUAUCGUCGUUGCCCCCGGUGAUGCAGCAACCCAGAGAGGAACGCCUUCUCUUGGCUCCAGGGAGACCUCUUUAUGCACACUGCUCCGCUAGAGGCGCCCCACCACCAACUUUAAGAUGGCGUAUUCCAGAUGGGGCUCAAGUUCGGCCAUCCCAGUUUCUCCAUGGCAACCUUUUUGUCUUGCCAAACGGGACACUACAUAUCCGAAAAGUGGGGCCUAAGGAUGCUGGGAUUUAUGAAUGCACAUCCACUAAUGCAGUUGGAACUGAAACGAGGACUGUAAGAGUAGAAAUUAAAGAGGAAACCGAUGGAGAGAAAAGAGUUGUAUGGACAAGUGAUACAUCCUCUCUAGUGAAAAACAGUUCUUCGUCCCUUCCCAGCUACCAUUCAAAGCCGCCUGAUUCUGCUCACCCGACCCCUCUCUCACCUUCUCAUGGAUCCAGGAAAGGGCCAGGAACGGGCUCAAAAUCCUCACCUUACCCUCACCAGCUCACUUCUGCAGAGUCAGCCUCAAAGAUCAAUAGGACAGUCGUCACCUCCCCCUCACUGCUGACUAAUUUGACAAAAACCUCAGUGGCUACCCAUAACACCACACUGUCCUUUGGAUUUGCAAACAUAUCUGAAAAAGUCAGCGCUUCAGUCGUGUUACAGUCCAUGCCCGUCUCUCCAUUCAGCAAAGCCCGAAUUGUCUCCAGCUCGCCCUCCACCACUACUGUGUCCUAUGGGGAGAAACUGCAGCUGCACUGCUCUGUAACGGGCAACCCGUCCCCAAUUAUUAUUUGGAGGACACCCAGCAGGAAAUUGAUCGACAUGCAUUUUAGUUUCGACAGACGUCUGAAGGUGCACCCAAAUGGCACACUGUCGGUCCAGUCAGUGACAGAGCGGGACAUUGGAGACUACCUUUGCAUUGCACGUAACAAGGUUGCAGAUGAUUAUCGUCUCUUGCGUGUUUCUGUGGUUGUCAAGCCUGCAAAAAUUGAGCACAAGCUGCCUCUCAAUCAGAUGGUCUCGUUUGGGAAGGCAUUGAAGGUGGACUGUUUGGCCUCAGGUCGACCUGACCCAGCUGUGAGUUGGAGUCUACCAGAUGGAACAAUGGUAAACAGUGUGUUGCAGGGGGCAGAUAGACCAGGGCGGGCGCGAAGGCUAAUCGUCUUCGAUAAUGGAACACUGCUGCUUCCAGCAGUGGGCAUGGGAGAGGAAGGGGAGUACACCUGUUAUGCUGAGAAUCAAGGAGGUCAAGAUACCAUGAAGGUAAAUGUCAAGGUUAUGACAAGAUCUCCACCAGCCUUCAAUGAUGACAGAAGCUAUCAAGUCAUUAAAUUACGUCAGGGGGCAACAGCCACCAUUCGCUGCCAGGCCAUGGGUGAUCCCCCACCAACUGUGACCUGGUUCUCUCCAGCACGUCGUGCCAUUCCAGCUAGUUCUGGUUUUUACUCUGACCGGGUUGCGGUGACUUCAGGAGGAACUCUGGAGAUUCGUCUGGCCCAGAAGACUGACGCAGGAAACUAUACAUGCCAAGCAAGCAACUCAGCAGGGAAGAAAAGCAUGGUAGUGGGCCUUGAGGUGGAGGUCCCUAGUCAUGGAAACAAUGCCUUUAGUGAUAACAAUGGUCGUAUAAGAGCAAGCAGUGGAAUUAACAAAGCAACCAGUGGUCUUGAUUCUGAAAAUGGAUUCAAAAGGCCUACCAGUGGAAUAACAACACAGCUCAGUCGCGUCAUCAGCAUAGGUGUGAGCAGUGGUGGAAAUGUAGGCAUAAAAGCAGACAACAGUGGAAUCAUAAAUAGAAAUGCACCUGUAACUUUAAUUAGGGAAACAACGACAAGAAACAGUUCGAGCUCAGUUGGAGGAAGAAGUGUUGGAAGCAAUCUUGGGGCUGGCAGCAAUGAAGUCGCAGAUGGAAAGUCUAACACUGAUGCAAACCCCAGUAGAGACAGCAGCAAGAUAAGCAGCAUUUCAAGAAAUGGAGUGUUUGUAAGCAGUACUGCUAAUCAUAGUGGUAGAGGAACCCUUAGCACAAGCAGGACCAAUAGCAACUCAGGAAUGAACGAUAAAAACAGGAACAAUGGAGGUGCAGGUGCUGCUGGCACAGGUACUGGGAGCUCCCCAAAUAAACUUGUGGGUGUGGUAACAACAGCGAAGCAGUUAGUAAUGAAAGGCCAAACUGUUCUUUUGCCAUGUCCAUCUCAUGGUUCCCCACCCUUAACCUGGUAUCUGCCUGGUAAUGGUGUCCUGCCAGCCCCGUACUACGGAAGCCGGCUCACGGUACACAGAAAUGGCUCCUUGGAGCUGCGGGGAGCUCGCGUGAGCGAUAGUGGGACCUUGGUGUGCGUAGUGAGAGGGGACAAAGGAGAAACAAGAAUUCAGGUCGAGCUGGCGGUCACUGAGCCACAAGAAGUGUCUAGAUCAACUUCGUCUGCGGUACCUCGCUCAAGAGCCCCAAUACAAGCCUCUGAAUCAAGGCCAUUAUUGCCAGAGUUGCCUCUCCGAAUUACUGUUCCUCCAAAGCCUUUGCAACGUGGGCCAUCUUUGCUUGCAGACCGUGAUCCAGUUGGUCCUCCCGCACCCCUGGCUGUUUCAGCACCAGCUGUGAGCACCCAAACUGCUUCUUUGAUGAGCAUUAUAAAUGGAGAAACUCUUCGUCUAGCCUGCUCUCUUUCUCAAGCCUCAAAGCACACCCAGGACUCCCUUUCUUGGACUUUUCCCAACGGCAAGGUGGUGUCCAGGGGUGACAGUGGCGACUCUGGCCGGUACUUUGUCCAAGAGGAUGGGACGCUGGUUGUGCAACAGACAUCUGUGUUUGACAGAGGCACCUAUACCUGCAGAUCCACCAGCCACGAUUCCUCCUCCGUUUCAGUUGUCACAGUUCCUGUCAUAAUCAUUGCCUAUCCGCCACGCAUCACAACAGGCCCCUCGCCUGUGACCUACACACGUCCUGGUGUCGCCGUGGAGCUGCCCUGCCUCACCAUAGCAACUCCCCGGGCAAUGGUUACCUGGGAAACACCAGACAUGACACAGCUGAGGGUGAUGGGCCAAGCUCGUAUCUAUGGUAACCGUUAUCUCAGUCCCCGAGGUUCUUUGGUGAUACAGAAUCCCUCAAGUAGGGACACAGGAUUUUACAGGUGCACAGCCAAAAAUGUGAUAGGAGUGGACACCAAGACGACAUACCUGCAUGUUAUAUAAUGCGGUGAAGAAUACUGACACAGCACCACUGUCAUUGACUGAUGUAAUAUUAACUCAAUGCCCAAAGCAACUGCAAAGCUCUGUUAAGAUACUGUUGAUGUUUAGAAAAGACUACAGUAAUAUAGUGUGUGGUAUUUUUUUUGCUUCACGUCGAAAUAAUAUUCAAUGUUUUGUAUCAGGCUAGUCAAGAUUCUUUGUUUAUGCAUUUGAUUCUAGUAAGCAUUUACCAUAUGUGCCUUGUCUUUAUGAUAGGGCUAACACACGUUUCAAAAUGGUGCUCAAGUUGCAGGUAUUUAUGAUUUUACAACACUGCGUUUCUUUCCGGGCUCCUGCAUAGGAAUCAAGAUCUGCUCCGAUUUGGAAUACUGCCACUGAAGGAUUAUUUUUGCACAGUUUCUAACUUAGUAACUGCCAAAUUUGAGCAAGUAAAAGUUCAAACAUAAUGCUUCGCUGGUUACACAUUCUGAAUUAGUUUUUAAUUUUGCAUUCAACAACAGUACAAACAUGUUAUAUGAUUGUGAUUGUUUUAACAUACUUUUUGUCUGCACCUUUACAGAAUUAACAAGGCUGCAUGAGAUACAAUUUGAAGGCAUUUAAAUUUGUUUGCAAGACAAAAUGCAUCUUUGUAAUGAUUUCAACAAUUAAGAUUACAUAAUUAUUUUAUUCCAGGUAUGUGCACAAAAAUAGCAGCUAGUAACGACCUAUUUUAAUUUCUUUCAUGUUAAAUUAUUGCUCUUGUAAAGACUGUUUCCCUGUGAGAAAGUAUAUUAUGUAUGUUGAACCUGUCGAGCAACAUUGAAGUCUUAUUCUAUUUUUUACACACAUUCAAUUUAAUAAUAAACUGGAAACUGGUUUUAACCAUUUUGUUGAGUUUAUUAUAAAGAAACGACUUGUUCAUUUUAAACUCAGCUGUUGAACAAGUAAAGCGGUUUUGUCCUGCAGGC